AUGUCACUACCACAGGCUCUUCAAGACUUUUUUGACAUGUUGUCUGAUCCAGAUAUUGAAGGAUAUGAUGCCGAUACAAGCCUUAGUCUCUCUGAGUCCGACAUGCCUCCAGGUCUGAUGACACCAUCAGAUGAUCUUGUUGUUGACCCUGCAUACUGGCUUGCAAAUCCGGAGCGAGAGCAUCUCAUGAGACAACAGUUUAAUGAGUCUGUUAAUAUGUGUCCUACAUCUACAGCACUGGAGUCUGACUUGACCAUUACUAUUCUCCCUUGA